AAUCUUUUAUAGGGUUGGGCAAGAGGGCCCCUUCCUCUUUCUCCUUGUAUGGAACCCAGACUACAAGUGGGGCUCCCUCUUCCUUAAGCUACUUUUGCUGUUAGGAUAUUCUUCUGCUGAAAAAUGGCGAGUGUUGUGAACAACCAAAACAUUGAACUAGAAGACGAUGAAGUGAACGAGUCGAAGACUUUAUCUGCUGAUCCAUUACUAGGCGAUUCUCAGGAAUACACCAUUGCAGCUGUAGGUGUAGAGCCAUCACAGCCGCCUUCGUCAACCGAUAUGGUACCGUUCUUAAAGGAAGAGCCGCAGGAGCUGAAUAUGCAAUUGCAAAAGGCAGAAAAACAGCCAGUGAAAAGAUCGUCAAAGGACAGGCACACGAAAGUAGAAGGACGUGGUAGGAGAAUUCGUAUGCCGGCUGCUUGUGCAGCUAGAAUCUUCCAAUUAACGCGGGAGCUAGGGCAUAAAUCGGAAGGCGAGACUAUAAGGUGGCUUCUAGAACGAGCUGAGCCAGCUAUUAUUGCAGCUACUGGAACAGGUACGGUUCCGGCGAUUGCUGUAUCUGUUAACGGAACGUUGAAGAUACCGACGACUUCUCCGUCGACGAAUAAUAAUGAGGGGGAAAGCUCGACGAAGAGGAGGAAAAGGCCUGUGAAUAGUGAGUUUGUUGAAGUGCAUGAGGCGUCGAAUUUUGCACCUGUGGCUCCAAUUGCCCCACAAGGUCUUCUUCCUGUUUGGCCAAUGGGUUCUGGAAAUGGGCAUGGGCUUGUAUCCACCACUGCUAUUACUGGUGGUACUGCUGCUUUCUAUGUGCUGCAACCAGGCACUAGUAGCCCUACAACUUACGCUGCUGGGCCUCAUUUGUGGGCCACUCCAAUAUUCAAUGUACCUACAAGGCCCAUUUCAAAUUUUGUAUCUGCAAUGCAACCGGGUAUUGGUUAUCCAGCUGGGGUCCCUGUCUCUGCUGUAGCUAGUGAGGUUCAACUGAGUACCUCGCCUGCGUCAAAAAGUGAUGGGCUAGGCACUGUUGGUUCAGCCAUAGCUCCGAGUUCGAGUUCUACUGGUGCAACAACACAGAUGCUUAGGGAUUUUUCAUUGGAGAUAUAUGACAAGAAGAAGGAGCUACAAUUUAUGGUUGGUUCUGGUUCAAGUGAAAAUGAUCAAGCUUCGUCAUCCAAAUCCUAAUGAUACAUUUUCAUUAGUGGACAGAAAAUUGGUUAAGGUUCUAGGUUCAUGAAUAAUCUAAUUGUAGUUUUUGAAAAGAAACUUUUUGAUGUUGUUAAUUUGGUGCUAGUGUUUUGGCUAAUUCA